CUCUGGGACUGGCGGGAUCUCGUGGCAAGGGGCGUGGCCUUGCUCCCUCCCUGCCCCGCCUCUCCCGGCGGCGGGGGACGUGGCCUCGCUCCGAGCUUCUGUCCCUCACGGGGCUGGUUCUGAGCGCGCCUGCGCAUCCAGCGGCCUGGCCGGUCCCCUGCUCUGGGUCCCUGCGUCCACCCACCUGGCGGCCACGUCUCCCGGAAGAUGGAGCUGAGCUGCCGUCUCCGGCCUGCGGCCUCUGUGUAGCGCUGCGGUCUCCGCCGCCGAUUUAUCCCUCGCCCGGCUGUCGGCCGGGCGCUCCCGCGGAGACAGGGCGGGCGGGCGCCGGGACAAGCUCAUGCUUUUGGAGUUCAAUUCUGUAGAUUUUGUCAGUAGACAUCCAUUAUGUCUUGGUUUGCUGAUCUUGCCGGAAAGGCAGAAGACCUUCUCAACAGAGUCGAUCAAGGAGCUGCAUCAGCUUUGAGCAAAAAAGAUGGUACAGGGAACGUAAUAUAUGAUAAUACGGAUUUGGAGUCUGCCAGGGAAUAUCCUGAACUGCACCAGCAAACCGGAGAAUUGAAAUAUCAGACAUCAUCUAAAGCAACCUAUAUCUCCUCAGCAGCUGAUAAUAUUAAACACCAGAAAGCUACAAUCCUAGCUGGAACUGCAAAUGUUAAAGCAGCAUCCAAGAUGUCUUCGGAGGCAUCUUCUCCAGCAGAAAGUGUUUCCACACCCAGACCUUCUUCCCAGUUUGUGAGAAGGAAAAAGUCUGAACCUGAUGAUGAGCUUUUGUUUGAUUUUCUCAAUAGUUCUGAGAAAGGAACUAAUGGACGAAUGGACCCUAGAAAGGAGAAGAGCAAGACAGUUGUUCCUCAGAAUCACUCUCGGACUUCAAGCAUUAGUUCUGUGCCUACAAGUACACAAAAUAUAAAGACUACUGAAGACAGUUCCAUCAGGAGUCAAAGCCAUGAAACUCCUGACGGCUCUGAUUCUGGAUUGGAUACACAAGUGUGUGUUACAAAAGAUUCAUCAUUAAAUACAGCAACUAAUCCCAGCCUUUCAGCUAAUGAUGAUUGCAAAUCGCAUGAACUGUCCAAUCUUCGCCUGGAGAAUCAACUGCUUCAGAAUGAGGUUCAGUCUUUAAAUCAAGAAAUGGCUUCAUUAAUUCAGAGAUCCAAAGAAACACAGGAAGAAUUAAAGAAUGCCAGAGCAAGGGUAGAGAAAUGGAAUGUUGACCAUUCAAAGAGUGACAGGGUGGUUCGAGAACUUCAAGCUCAGGUUGAUGAUCUUACAGAAGCUGUUUCUGCCAAGGAUUCCCAACUGGCCGUGCUGAAAGUGCGGUUGCAAGAAGCUGAUCAGCUACUGAGUACUCGGACAGAAGCCCUGGAAGCAUUACAGAGUGAAAAAUCACGAAUAAUACAAGACCACAGUGAAGGGAGCAGCCUGCAGAAUCAAGCCCUUCAAACUGUGCAGGAGAGGCUACAUGAUGCAGAGUCUGCAUUGAAGCGAGAACAAGAAAGUUACAAGCAGAUGCAGAAUGAGUUUGCUGCUCGCCUUAGUAAAAUGGAAGUUGAGCGGCAGAACUUGGCAGAAGCAGUUACUGCGGCAGAACGAAAAUAUGUGGAUGAGAAGAGGAGAGUGGAGGAGCUUCAGCAGCAAGUCAAAGUAACUAAAAACAACUUGGAGUCUGUUAAACAGGAAUUGGUGGACUACAAACAAAAAGCUACUCGCAUACUCCAGUCUAAAGAAAAGUUGAUAAACAGCCUAAAAGAAGGCUCUGGCAUUGAAGGGCUGGAUAGCCUUACUGCAAGCACCAUGGAAUUAGAAGAACUGAGACAUGAGAAAGAAACACAGAAGGAGGAAAUACAGAAAUUAAUGGGGCAGAUACAGCAGCUGAGAACAGAGCUACAGGAUAUGGAGGCUCAGCAGGUAAGUGAAGCUGAGUCAGCAAAAGAACAACUUCAAGACCUCCAAGAACAGAUAGCAACCCACAAAAUGGCCAAACAAGAAGUGGAGGCUGAACUGGAACGGCAAAAGCAGGAACUCCAUUACAGUGAGGAAGAAUUGUAUCGGACAAAGAAUACCUUGCAAAGCAGAAUAAAAGACAGAGAGGAAGAAAUUCAAAAACUCAGAAAUCAGCUCACAAACAAGGCUUUGAGCAGCAGUAGUCAGUCAGAGCUGGAAAAUCGUCUUCAUCAGCUGACAGAGACUCUGAUUCAGAAGCAGACCAUGUUGGAGAGUCUCAGCACAGAGAAAAACUCCCUCGUCUAUCAACUGGAACGCCUUGAACAACAGCUUAAGACUAUCCAAGGCAGUAGUACUAAUGGACCUACGAUUAAUAUGGCCGGAAUUGACAGUGGUGAAGGUACUCGCAUGCGAAGUGUUCCUGUCCUUUUCAGUGAUGUAGAUGCUAACGUGGCAGGAAUGUAUGGAAGAGUUCGCAAAGCUGCCAGUAGUAUAGAUCAGUUUAGCAUUCGACUGGGAAUCUUUCUAAGACGGUAUCCCAUAGCAAGGGUAUUUGUCAUCAUUUAUAUGGCAUUGCUUCACCUCUGGGUCAUGAUUGUUCUGCUUACCUACACCCCAGAAAUGCACCAUGAUGGUCCAACUGGCAAAUAGACUGAGACAUACUUUAUGCUAGUGCUCACUAUAUUCUGGACUGAGUGUAUUUAAAGUGAUUAGUAUGGAAAUAUGGGGGAAAUCACAUUCCUGGCAUUAUCUAUGGAAGAAGGACAACCAUCUUGCCUGUUUUAUUGCUACUUUUUAAAACUUAAAUUAUUGGACAAAUAUUACUACAUAGCUUCAAUUUACUUAAAACAGCAGCAGUUUCCAGGGCAAAGGCAGUUAUUAAGCCAAGCUUAGCCUUUAUAUUUUACAUAAAUCUUCUGAUGGUUCAUGUACAAUAUAAGAUUCACAUGUGCAAGAGAUACAAGGAUUUCUAAGAUUACAGCUGUAUAUGGUACAUACUCUAGAUCAUACUGGACAUGGGCUAUAAUCAGGGAAACUAAUUGUACUUAGCAAUUUAAAUAAACUUUAUUCUUCCUGUUUUUCAGUCUUUUGUAUUAGUUUUUAAUUUUGUUAAUAUAGGUUAGUUUUUUCUUUAAUCUGUUAAUACCACAGAACUGACAACUGGUGCAAUAUCUCUCUGUAAAUACCUUUUAAAAAUAAAAUAUUAUGCAUUCUU